CCUGUUCGAGUUGCGUAAUAAGGAGAGGAUCUCAGUGCGUGCGGCCUCCAAGCUGCUGGGCAACAUGGUCUACCAAUACAGAUCAAUGGGACUGAGCAUGGGUACUAUGAUCACAGGUUGGGACAAAUCCGGCCCAGGACUAUACUACGUGGACAGUGAUGGCACACGAUUGGGAGGUGAUCUUUUCAGUGUAGGAUCUGGUUCAACCUACGCGUACGGUGUAUUGGAUAGUAAGUAA